AUGGUUUCCGAAACUUUGGCUUUCCCUCCCGGUCUUGCUUGCCCUUGCCUUCGGCGCUGCCCACCGAUUUCUUCGCGGGGGGGCGGGGCGUCAAGUCGAUCUGCACCGGCAGCAGGCAGUCCCAAUGUCGCCCAGCAAGUGCGACGGGCCCGCACCCGCAAUCCUUUACCCCCGGGCUUGGGGUUCGUUCGUCCACGCUUUGAAGCAGUUCCAGACCCCUCUCGCGUCGCCGGUUCAAGUACAGACGCAACUGCAACUUCAGCCACUACUGUCGUCGAUCGACGACCCGCCGGGCAGCGUCAACGACACCAACGCGCAAGAGAGCGAUCGAGCCAGACCGUCCCAACUGCGCUGCUACCGUUGCCAGAAGGGCCUUUUCCCCGGCACGAUCUUGGAUCGAUGACGUUGCAAUGUCCGAUCUGUUCGGCUCUACACUGGGAGUUCGAAAGAUCACCGACCCCAGGCAGCGCCACACCCCCGGAGCUGCUCGCGCCUCUGACUGGCGAUGGCCCAGGUUAGUACACGUCGAUUCGUUCAACCUGCUAGAUUGAGUACAGCGGACUAACGGCCUUGCUGACUAUCCGUGAAACAGUUGAGAAGACUUUCCGGGACGGUAUGCUUGCAUUCAAAGAAAACCUUGCUAUGGCAUCAUUCGGCACGAGCAAAGGCCACGACAUCAACAGCCGCUCCGGGCCACCAUCUUUCUACCUGAGCGGAAUGGUAUUUCACCGUAUCGGAACCCUAGCACCAGCCCCAGCAGACGACCCGGUCUUUGCUCAGAUUCUAUUCCUGGCACCGACGGAACGCAUUGAAGCCCGACGAAGAUUCAACGGACCGCCUGAAGAAGUUCGACGUCUGGACUCAGCGUAUCAGCAGAUUGUUCCUCUGCUCGACGACAUGCUACGACAUCACAACAGGCGCGUCAAACUUUUCUUGACAGCACAAGAGUUCAUGGACAGUGAUGCGUCUCAUAUGCACCAGCUGCGUUUACUUGCACCGCGCAAUCGAGAUCCGAGAACCUACAACUUGCCGAUCCAAGACGAGGUGGCCGUCAUUCUACCCGGCCCGGAGACGAGACCGAGUACCGAUCUUCAAGAAGAGAGUUCGUCGUUCGGUUACGUCACCCGCCAAACAAUGACGGCCGCGGAAUUCAACUUAUUCACGAUGGUCACCCUGCACUCAUCGCACUCACGUACCCGCUAUUGUUACCGUAUCGCGAAGACUGGUACCACGACAGAAUUCCCCUCAGCCAAAACACUUUCGCAAGGGAGGCAGCUCGUCGCGUGCGGGACGAAAACGGCGUCUUGCAACGCACAACGAAUAACACCAACGCCAACCCACAAACCGGAAGGGCCGGAUCCAAACGUGUGACGCAGAGCCAAUUCAACGCGUUUUACUUCCAUAUUUCAGUUACCCGACGUCGUUCCUUGAGGGCCGGUUGUUCCAGAUAUUUGUCGCGGACGCCUGGGCAUUAACUGAACAAGAACGGCUAUAUUGCAUGAGAACGAAUCAGCCAAAGCUCAGAGCCGAAGAGUAUUCGUCCCUUCAAGCAAGUCUGGCUGAAGGACUCGAUCCCGCGCAGAUUGGCAAAAGAGUCAUUCUACCGUCGUCACAUACUGGAUCGCCACGCCAAAUGGUCCAACUUUACCAAGAUGCUAUGGCCAUCGUUCGUGUUUUUGGUGCUCCGGACAUGUUCAUCACGAUGACAUGCAACCCUGCCUGGUCGGAAAUCGUCAACGCGUUGCUUCCUGGCCAAACCGCAUCCGACCGUCCCGACAUAGUAACACGGGUCUUUCACGGUAAAUUGAAAGCUGUUCUUGCGGAUGUAUUAGGCGUUCGUCGAGCGCCGGGAGUGUCUGGAAAGGUAUGUCAAUCGGCGCGGUCAAUAUAAAAUGGAUAGAAUGCUCACGUGUCUCAAUUCUUUGCGCAGGUCAUCGCAUAUGUCUAUGUUGUCGAAUUUCAAAAGCGCGGGUUGCCUCACGCCCAUAUCCUUUUGAUCAUGGAUCCACAAGACAAACCAAAAACAAACGACGACUACGACAAGAUAG